GUUGGACGGGCUGCAGGCCGCACUGUUCCCCAUAUCAGACGUGGAGGAGACCAGCCGGCCGCACUUAUCAGCCCCAUAAGACCCCCGCGAUGCCGCUGCUCUUGUCGUCAUAACUGUCCUCGCCUGAUCAUCGUGAGGUGUUGAUCCUUCAAGCACCGGACACUUGCGGCGUAAACACCUCUCAGCCUCCGCCCUGAAACCGUGUAAACACUUGUCCCUCCGCUGUUCUCUGCUCUUUAUAAGCUUCGUCUUCUCGCCCAUCAAUCCCCAGCUAAGCUCCCUUCCACCUUCUUAGCUCAGUCAAUCCCCUCCCCCAGCCCUCACAAAUCGCCCCUCUACCCCACCACCCCAUCUCGCACCGCUACUCCCUCAGCAACUCACGCUUCGCUCCAAUUGACGUCCUCACGAUGGCGGCGACGACGGCUGGUUCCCCUGCGCGCGAGCGUCGGCCUUCUAUGAGCGCCCCGCUGGCCGACCUUCAAGGUCCCAUUGGCCCUGCGUUCACAAGGCCAAAGCAUAAGCGGACUGUGACAGGGUUUGGGCCUGGCGAGAUUAAGAGCGUGGAGGCUAGUAUUCCGGAGCCACAGAGGGCCGCUUGGAAGAAGUUUACUCCCAAGCCCUUCGACUCCCCCGAAGAAUUCGAGAAAGAAUGUGUCCGCCACAUCGAGACGACGCUGGCCCGCUCCCUCUACAACUGCGAUGAGUUUGCUACAUAUGCGGGCACGGCGAUGGCGUUUCGAGAUAGGCUCAUUCUGGACUGGAAUAAGACGCAGCAGAACCAGACGUUUGCAGACCAGAAGCGAGUGUACUAUCUUUCGCUCGAGUUCCUGAUGGGUCGAGCGCUUGAUAAUGCUAUGCUUAACGUAGGCCAGAAGGAUGUGGCUACACAGGGUCUCUCCGACCUCGGUUUCCGCAUCGAGGACAUCAUCUCACAAGAACACGACGCCGCCCUUGGAAACGGCGGUCUCGGACGUCUAGCCGCCUGCUUCCUCGACUCCAUGGCCUCCCUUAACUACCCUGCCUGGGGCUAUGGCUUGCGAUACAGGUAUGGUAUCUUCAAGCAGGAGAUCAUCGACGGAUACCAGGUGGAAGUACCUGACUACUGGCUUGACUUCAACCCUUGGGAGUUCCAGCGACACGAUAUCACGGUUGACAUCCAGUUCUAUGGCUAUGUGAAUAGGUGGCAGGACGAUGAGGGAAAGCAGCAGUGUUCUUGGGAGGGCGGUGAGAUUGUGCAGGCUGUGGCUUUCGAUGUGCCAAUUCCUGGCUAUAAGACCCCGACUUGUAACAACCUUCGUCUGUGGGCCAGCAAAGCUGCAAGUGGCGAGUUCGACUUCCAGAAGUUCAAUUCUGGCGAGUAUGAGAGCUCGGUUGCGGAUCAGCAGCGUGCUGAAACUAUCUCUGCUGUGUUGUACCCGAACGAUAACUUGGAGCGUGGUAAGGAGCUUCGAUUGAAGCAGCAGUACUUCUGGUGUGCUGCGUCGUUGUACGAUAUCGUCCGCCGAUUCAAGAAGACCAAGCGUGCCUGGAAGGACUUCCCUACCCAAGUCGCUAUUCAGCUAAACGACACUCAUCCAACACUGGCUAUUCCUGAGCUGCAGAGGAUAUUGGUGGAUAUUGAGGGCUUGGACUGGGAUGAGGCGUGGAGCAUUGUCUCCAAGACUUUUGGAUAUACCAACCACACUGUUCUUCCGGAAGCGCUGGAGAAGUGGUCUGUCCCGUUGAUGCAGCAUCUGCUGCCUCGUCACCUUGCAAUCAUCUAUGACAUCAACCUACAUUUCUUGCAGUUUGUUGAGCGUAAUUUCCCCAAGGACCGCGAAAUGCUCUCUCGUGUUUCCAUCAUCGAGGAAUCAAACCCAAAGAUGGUUCGUAUGGCCUAUCUCGCUCUCAUCGGAUCACACAAGGUCAACGGCGUUGCUGAAUUGCACUCGGACCUGAUCAAGACGACCAUCUUCAAAGACUUCGUGAAAAUUUACGGACCAGACAAGUUUACCAAUGUCACAAACGGUAUUACUCCACGACGAUGGCUCCAUCAGGCCAACCCCAGGCUCUCCGAGCUCAUUGCCUCAAAGCUUGGUGGAUACGAAUUCCUGAAGGACCUCACCCUGCUGCACAAACUCGAGGCUUUUGUUGAUGACAAGGAUUUCCGGAAAGAGUUCCGCGAGAUUAAGUAUGCCAACAAGGUCCGGCUUGCUAAGCACAUCAAAGAGUCGAACGGUGUCACGGUGAACCCCGCUGCUCUGUUCGAUGUUCAGGUCAAGCGCAUACACGAGUACAAGCGCCAACAACUCAAUAUCUUUGGCGUCAUCCACCGCUACCUACAAAUAAAAAAUAUGAGUGCUGAAGAGAGGAAGAAGCUUGCACCCCGCGUCUCCAUCUUCGGUGGCAAAGCAGCACCGGGAUACUGGAUGGCGAAGACGGUCAUCCACCUGAUCAACCAGGUCGGCAAAAUCGUCAACAACGACAAAGAUGUGGGAGAUCUGCUCAAGGUCAUUUUCUUGGAAGAUUACAAUGUUAGUAAAGCGGAGAUCAUCUGCCCGGCUAGCGAUAUCAGUGAGCAUAUUUCAACGGCGGGUACGGAGGCGUCCGGUACGAGUAACAUGAAGUUCUGCUUGAACGGUGGUUUGAUCAUUGGCACCUGCGAUGGAGCGAACAUCGAAAUCACGCGCGAAAUCGGCGAGCAAAACAUAUUCCUCUUCGGCAACUUGGCCGAAGAUGUCGACGACCUGCGUCAUGCCCAUCUAUACAACACGUACACGCUCGACCCCUCUCUCGCCACUGUCUUCGACGCAAUCCACAACAACAUGUUCGGCGACUCAUCGUCUUUCUCGGCCCUCCUCAACGGGAUCGUCGAGCAUGGUGAUUAUUACCUCGUCAGCGACGACUUUGCGUCAUAUGUCAAGACCCAGGAGCUUAUUGAUGAGAGCUUCAAGAAUACCGAGGAGUGGACUACUAAGAUGAUUCUUACGGUUGCGAGGAUGGGAUUCUUUUCGAGCGAUCGGUGCAUUGAUGAGUAUGCGGAGAUGAUAUGGAAUGUGGAGCCGUUGGUGCCGAAGAAGGAAGAUGGGGAGGCUUAGGUUAGGGAGCUUGAAAGACGGUGUUGAGGGUGGGCGGAUAGAGUGGAUGAGACCAAGGGAGAAGGGAUGCAUAUGCAAGUGCAGGCGCAUACCGCAUGGCGCGCCAUUUAUGAUCGGAGGCCUGAGAUUGUUUGCAAGAGGAAGGUAUAUACUUUUUAUGUCGUCAUGUAUUUUUCUCUCCCAUCUUCCCUCGUGCAAUUACUCUAGAUCCUAGAGUAAUAAAUACGGGAUCAUCCAUCCUAUAACAUGCGACUAUUGUCUUCUGGCAUGUUAUGGAGGACC